AUGGAGACCAUAACCAAUGGGUUUUUAGUUGAUUGUAUUAAAUCAAAAGGAUUGCAGGAAACAUGCAAGUAUUUAUUAAGCAAAGAAGGACUGAAAACUAGCAAUGACACUUUACUUAAGGAUUUAGAUCGACUUUUAAAGAAACAUAAAAACUUGAACAAAAGUAAGUCCCGUGUUAAGGGAAAGGAAAAUUUAGAUAGAUUUUUGAAGAAUUCUUAUAGAUUACCUGUGCCAAAAGAUUCUGAUGCAAAGAGUGUCCCUGUUCCGUCUACAUCAAACGUUUUUUUAGCCUGUGAUUCAGAUGUUACUAAAGAAAACACAUUUGAGCAUGUUGCGGUGAAACUUGCAACUGAACUUGUUGCAGCCAAAAAUGAAAAUGAUGAUAUCAGGGAGGAACUGAAUCUUAUUAUUGAAGAAAAAGAUGAGUUGAAUGAAAGCUUGGAAAAAUCAGAAAUUAAACUUCAAUCAAGUAAAAAACAAUUAAACCGAACCUCUAAUAGAGAAAUGUACUGGAGGGACAAAUGCUUGAAACUUGAUUCUGAUAAUGAAAUUAUACAUGCUCAUGAUGAUACGAAUGUUUUUAAAGUAAGAAUUGAAAAUCUUGAAGAAGAAAAUAGAAAUACAAAACAAUUACUUGAUGAUAUGCAUGAAAGGUUAAUUGAACUUGAAAAUGAAAAUGUUGAAUUAAAAAAGAUUAACAAUGCCGAGUUUUUCGAUGAAAAAAGUAAAACGUAUAGUUUGAAAUUGCAUUCAUGUGUUUAUUCUUUACUUGAUAACCAUGUUGCUUUUGAAAAUGUUGGAGCAGUUAUUACAAGUGUUUUAAAACUUGUAAAUAUAAGUCCAAACAAAUUACCGUCGGUCGGAACAAUUCAUAAUUGGUCAAUUGAAAGGGGGUUGAUUGCUAAAAGACAAAUAUCAGAAACAUCAACAAAUGAAAAUACUACCUUACAUACAGACGAAGCUUCAAAGUAUGGUCAGAAAUGGGGGGCAUUUGCUGCUAGGGAUUCUGAGGGAAACUAUACGCUAUUGGGUUUGAAAGAUAUGGCUACUAAAUCAAGUCACGACACGUUAGAUACUUUUAAAGACAUUUUGAAUGACAUAAAUGAUGUGGCAGGGGAUGGUACCGGUAACCAAAUUUUAAGGAACAUUAAAAACACUAUGAGCGACCGUGCUUCUACUGAAACCAAAUUUAAUGAAUUACUGCAAGAGUACAGAAAUGAAAUAUUACCACAGGUCAUUGAAAAUUACAAUCAGCUUUGUGAAGAAGAAAAACUUUCGAUUUCUAGAAUGAACAAUUUUUUCUGCGGGUUGCAUACUUUAGUACAUAUGGCAGACACUGCACAAAAAGCUAUUUUUGAAACCGAAAAGCUUCAUUUUAUUGAUGGUAAUAUUCCUAUAUCUAACAAAGCAUUUGAGAAACAAGGGCAGCCCGGGACAAUACGUUUAAUUCUUACUGCCUGCAAAGCAUUUGCUCGUCGGGGCGAUGCCAAAAAUGGAUGUCAUGGAAAUUUUAUGACUUUUAUCACUGAAUUUUUAAAACAAAAUAAAAUGUCUUUCCCGCUACAGCCUCUUAAAGGUAAUCGUUUCAAUAUUCUGUUUACGAACGCAGGGCAAAUAUAUUAUUUUCAAGACAAAAUGAAAGACUUUUUAGACAGAAGUCCGUCGCUAAAUGGUUUGUUGUCGUCUGUUCAAAAAGAUUUAUCAGAACCGUUUUUUCUAGCUGGUUGUAAAGCAUUAGGCUUAAUUUCCAAAUAUAUUACAACACCACUGUGGAAAGUAAUUGAAAAUAAAGAAGUAAACAUAUCAAUGAUGAAUCAAAGAUAUCAUAAACUUUUGAAGUACUUGGAAGACGCUGCACUGAAUCUGGAUGAUUUCAUGAGUGGUAGUUUGGUUUUAUUUGAUGAUGUUCCUAUAAAAAAAAGAUGUUAUUCAUGA